GCAAGUUGGGCGGCCGGGCGCCCAUGAACAGCAAGGCCCCAGGGACCCUGGCCGUGGGGAGGGUGAAAUUCUUCGGCUGGCAUCGUGGGGAGGUCAACUCCUCCGCCUUCUCCCCAGACAGCCAGACGCUGCUCACAGCCUCGGAGGAUGGCUAUGUGUAUGGCUGGGAGACCCGGAGCGGGCGUCUGCUGUGGAGACUGGGUGGCCACACAGGCCCUGUGAAGUUCUGCCGCUUCUCCCCUGAUGGCCAUCUCUUUGCCAGCACCUCCUGUGACCGCACAGUCCGCCUGUGGGAUGUAGCAAGAGCCAAGUGUCUGCGGGUCCUGAAGGGUCACCAACGUAGUGUGGAGACAGUCAGCUUUAGCCCUGACUCGAGGCAGCUGGCUUCGGGUGGCUGGGACAAGCAUGUGUUGCUCUGGGAGGUGCAGUCUGGCCGGAUGCUGCGCCGCUUAGCUGGGCACUGUGACUCUGUCCAGAGCAGCGACUUCUCACCCAGCACAAACUGCUUGGCUACCGGCUCCUGGGACUCCACCAUCCGCCUCUGGGACUUGCGGGCGAGUACUCCAGCAGUCUUCCCUCAGGAACUAAAGGGCCACAGUGGCAACAUCAGCUGCCUGUGCUACUCUGCAUCUGGCCUCCUGGCAUCUGGCUCCUGGGACAAGACUAUCCACAUCUGGAAGCCCAUGACCAGCGGACCACUUGUCCAACUCACGGGUCACAUCACCUGGGUGAAGAGCAUAGCCUUCUCCCCUGAUGAGAAGCGAUUGGCCAGUGCUGGCUAUUCCCGCAUGGUCAGAGUCUGGGACUGCAACACAGGAAAGUGCCUUGAGACCUUGAAGGGAGUCAUGGAUGUGGCCCACGCCUGUACCUUCACCCCAAACGGGAGACUCUUGGUGUCUGGAGCUGCUAGUUAA